UUUAAGGUUCAUUUCAAGUUGAGUUAUUCUACAAGUACGUAGUAUUUGUAUAUUGUGCAUACAUAUAUACGUAUGUAUAGUUAAGUUAUAUUAAUACAAUGGAUAGUGUGAAUUUGUCGGAUGCUUCACAAUUGGAAAAAGACUCAAAAAAUGCAAAAAUUAUUCAUAAACGUCGGUCUUCUAUUUUUCAAAAUCGAGUAAUAUCAUUUGAUGAAUGUAAAGAAAACGAGAAGUUUGAAGAUAUCCAGGGCGCAACAAGUUGUAGACAAACAAUAUCACGGAUAGAACAUUUUAAUUUAGAAGAAUAUAUAAUUAAUUUGAGGAAUGAGAGAAAAGAAUGGAUAGAAACUUUGAAACAAAGGAAAUCGCAACGAAAAUGCUUGUCAAAGCAAAAGUUAUGCAUUGAAAAUCAAGGACAAACAUUAGACUUGAAUGUUCUAACAGAGUUUGAGAAAGCUUUUAUUACAGCUCGGCCGAACUAUCAACAAAUUUGUAGAAAUUACAAAAAAAUGUCAGAUGUAGCUUUAAAAAUAUCAGAACUACAAAGUAUAGUUUAUAAAUUAAAUGAAAAAUUUAUUUUACAAAUGGAAGACAGACUACAUAAAGUUACAGAUAGAAUUAUUGAAAUGUCAGAUUGACAACAUUCCAAAUAUCAGAUUAUA